AUGCCGUCGGACACCGUCGGCAACGUGGCUCUGGUCCCCUUCACCGGAGACUCGCCGCCAGCGGUAUACCCUCUCCACCACGGCCUCGCUCCUCCGAUUAGUCGUCUCUCCAUCUCCUGGGCCCGCGGCAGCUCCCUCCGCCUCUCCCUUUUCGCCGGCGCCGCCGCCAAGGUCGUUGAAGUGAAGCUCGCCGGCGAAGAUUCGGAGAUCCCUGACGCUCACUGGCGCCGAAUCGCGUACGGCUCCGUUGCGCCGUUUGCGCUGCUUCAGAGUCGGAGGAGCUCCCUUUCUGCUCUCUUGAAGACUCCUUCUCCCUAUCGUUCGGAUUGGUGGGAGCAUGUGCUUCAGUAUAGCAAAGAGAUAGGUUCACUUCUUGGGGGGCCAAAGUUGCCUGCUAGUCCUAUAAUUGAGGACCCAAAUGUAAUUGCUAAGAGAGGUGAAGAGCCUACAUCUUUGAAAGCUGCGUGGGAGUUAAUUGAAAUAUUUUAUGUGGACAAGCAAUCUCAAGCAUGGCUACCUGAAAGGCUUGUUGAUUGGUUAGCUGAUUAUGCCAGCCUCUUUACUAGUACACAUGAAACAAUUCAUGGCAAGCUUGUGGAUUUUCAGAAAGAACUAGUUAACAUACAGGUGAUUGAGGAGGAUCCCAGAUAUUGGGACUUGUUGUCAUCUGCACUGUCAGUUGGUUGGCUUGAUAUUGUGGUGAAAAUGCUGCGGUUGCAUGGAUCUUACCAAUUAGAUCAGCUCAGUAAUCGGGAGUUGGAAAAUGGACUUGUAGAGGCUGUUGCUGUUCUUAUUUCCAAAAUGCCCCGCAUGCGUCCUGAAUCUGUUGGAAAGUUAGGUGAAUGCUAUAAAUCCAAACCUGACUUCAUCAAGGCCUGGGAAAAAUGGAGGUCACAAAUUACAAAACUGGAUUGCAGUCGAUUCUGGAUUCAAUGUGAUAAUCAACAAACUCGUGAGGGCUUGAGAAACUUGCUACAAAUUAUGCUGGGUAACACUGAGAGUCUCUGCAUGGCUACAUGUUAUUGGAUUGAAUUAUAUAUUUCUCAUUUCCUGUACAUAAGGCCAUUUACAAUGGGAAUAGAAAGCAUGUAUAAUUUGGCCCAGAAAUGCAUCCAGUUGAAACCACGAUCUAGUACCCAUAGGUUGUCAGUACUUAUGAUUGGAAUUCUUGAAGAAAAUACCGAGGUUGUUUUAGCUGAGUGUUCCAGAGAAUUUGGCCCUUGGUUGGUGGCACAUGCCAUAGAACUGUUGACUGCAGGGAGUGAGCAAGCAGAGAUUCUUCUGCAUGAGGAGCGUUAUAACUUGGGGGGAAUCAGCAUAGUGGAACUACAUCGGCUUGUAUAUGCUCAAAUUCUAUCGUCACAUGCAUUGACCUGGCAAAUUGCUCCUAUAUAUUUAACAUCAUGCAUGAAGCAAGGAAUGGGCUUGUUAGAGAAUUUAUUGUACAGGCAAUCUGCUCAACAUAAUGAUGUGUUGCUUAAGAACAUUGAGAUAUGCCGUUUGUAUGAGCUUGAUCAUAUUAGUUCAAAUAUCAUGAAGAUUGCUGGAGUACAUCACUGGAAGCAUGGCCAUAAGGGUGCUGGAGUAUUCUGGCUUCAACAAGCCCAAGACGCAAGUUGUCUUGAUAAGAUUGCCCAACAGUUAUUUGAUUCUGUUGGAAAGUCUAUAUCUGAUGAAAGCUUCAAGCAAUGGGAAGGCAUGAUUGAACUAUUGGGUUCUGAAUCUAAGCCUGCUGGGGGACUUGAAUUUUUGCACAAGUAUAGGGAUUUCAAGAAAUCCCUUCAGAAGGUAUCUAGUGGAAAAUCAACUGAUGCAGCAAGGCAAGCUGUAGGCUCCCUCAUACUGCUUAUGAAAAAUCCAUCUACUCCUCAGCGCUUUUGGUUGCCUCUUCUGUAUGACUCGUUGAAGUUACUUAAUUGGCAGGAUUGCCCUCUUCUAAGUGUCUCUGAGACCAAUCUUCUGCUGAACAAACUUCAUGAGUUAUCUCUGGCGAAGCUGCGACCGCACCAUACUGAGCCUAGCUUACCUCCUGAUGCACUAAGCUCUAUUAGGUUGGCUCUAGCUACAAAUCUUGGUCAAGCCAUACUUGAUGAAUAGGAUUACCACAAAAUAUAUAUAUAUAUAUAUAUAUAUAUAUAUAUAUAUAUAUAUAUAUAUAUAUAUCUGCGCCCGAGCUAGUGAUGGAUGAAUUUACAAUAUGUUUGGUAACAGUUAAAUCUAACGCCAACAAACUUUCAGAUAAAACUAAAACAUGGUUGCUUUGAAAAGUGUGAUUUUCCCGUUCAACGUGUAUCCAAACAUGCCCAAUCAUUCAUCCACGGUAGGCACGUGGAAGACGCUGUAAAUUGCUUUUAUCCAAUGGUUGGCACUUGUAAAUUUGUAUGGACAUAGGACAGUUCGGGCUUUAGUUGUGUAUGUUUAUUUUUCAUUUGAAUUACAACCCUUGUUUCAGCGGGAAUUUUAACCCACUUCAUGUUUUAUCUUUUCAAGAAUUAAGUUUAGUAAAUCA